GGUAUUUCAACUACCGGUGCUGGCCAGAAAGGCCGGUUUCCGGAUUUCUUUGACCGGAAUAAAAAACCCUGGCCAUAUUAGUUACAAAAAUAUCUUCACAGUAAUAAUUUAGUUUUAGGUCCCAAUAACAUUUUCCAUGCUAAUAAUUUUGUUACUGAGCAUAUGGUAUCUAUUAAUGAAAGCAGUGUCAUAGGCAUGACUGGGUAGGUGGUGAGCUUGUUUUGCAUGUCUCUAAGAAACUAGAGUACAUAUUGCCUGGUGAAGUUUUAUCAAGCAAAGUUUCUCUGGAGAAUAACAUUAGGCAUGGAGUACUACUUGAUUCUCAUGAUGCUUGCACUAAGCUAUACGUCUCAGUACUGCGCCAGCUCUAGCUUAUGCCCCUCAACCUACGAUUUUGGUCAGAACGGCGAUGGUGCCUUUCAAUUCCCAGUGUUCCAUGAGAUGCAUCCAUGCAUACAAGCAUCAGCACAUAUAGCAAAUGUACAGGAAACAUGGUAUUCCUUUGAGGACGACAGAAUCCAUAAAGAUCGGUUCCUCAUGGCCAUCGGUCUGGGCACUCCCGCCAUUAUGAAUCUCGUCACCAUUGACAGCGGAUCGGCACUUUCCUGGGUUCAGUGCCGACCUUGUCCGAUAAGAUGCCAUAAUCAAGAUGAAGAGGCCGGACGGAUAUUUGAGCCCCAUCAGUCCUCAACUUACCAAAGCGUUGGCUGCUCAACUGAAGAUUGUGGUUAUGUGCAUGAAACACUUGGUAUUCCCUUUGGCUGCAACGAGGAGCAAGAUAGCUGCCUUUACAGCUUGAGAUAUGCAUCAGAAGAGUACACAGCCGGAAGCUUGGCCAAGGACAAGCUCACUUUAGGAAACAACUUCAGCAUUGAUGAUUUCUUGUUUGGCUGCAGUGGAGAUGACAGGUACAAUGCAGCUGAUGCAGGCAUUAUUGGAUUUGGGGGUGCGAGUUACUCCUUCUUUCUUCAGGUAGUUCGUCAUACGAACUACACUGCAUUUUCACACUGCUUUCCUGGUAAUAAUAGAAAUGGAGGUUUUCUAUCCAUCGGACCGUAUGAUCGGUUCAAUUUACAGUUCAUUCCGUUGGUCGAAUAUGGCUCGCAUGGCGAUAACCCGGUGUAUGCUCUUCAGCAGCUGGACAUGUUAGUCAACGGGAUACGGCUUGAAGUCGACCCGUCAGUCUACGCAACUCGAAUGACAAUACUGGAUUCUGGCACGAUCGACACGUUCAUUCUGUCCCCGGUGUUUCGUGCAUUUGACAAGGCGAUCACAGCGGCAAUGCUAGCUAAGGGAUAUGCCCGAGAAGCAGCUGGAAAGAAUGAAAUCUGUUUCACGUCCACUAGUGAUUCAGCGAACUGGCGUGACAUGCCAACGGUGGAGAUGAAAUUUGUAAGGUCUACCUUGAAGCUCCCGUCAGAGAAUGUGUUCUAUCGAGUGUCAGCAGAUAAAAUUUGCUCCACAUUUCGGCCAGAUGUUGCCGGACUGACAGGGGUUCCAAUUCUGGGGAACAGGGCAACAAGAUCAUUCAGGGUCGUGUAUGAUAUCCAAGACAGCAAGUUUGGGUUUCAAGCUGGUGCUUGUUGACACAGGUGGAGUACAUGGCUACCUGGAGCAGACAAGACUAUAUAUUUUGAUGUACAAACUGAUGAAGGUCCUCAGUAUUGAUUGGUGUUGGUACUGGAUUAACAGUGCACCUAUGUUGUGUGCCUUUUUUGUUUUCUAAAUUGUUAGAUGUAUUAGGGUUUGAAACAAUGCUCGAUACCCUAGGAGGGUACGGCUGUCAUAUAUUUAU